AUGUCGACAAGCUACCAUGAUCAGAGCACCAUGCAAAUGCAGAAGAAUUUUGCUUUCCAUGCCACCAACUCCCUAUCUUCGGCCAAGGACCCUUAUAAAGUCCUGGGCGUCGAGAAGAGCGCCAGCGCCUCCGAGAUCAAAAAGGCCUACUACGGCCUAGCCAAGAAGUUUCACCCCGAUACGAACAAAGACGCGACCGCGAAAGAUCGUUUUUCCGAGAUUCAAUCCGCGUACGAGGUGUUAUCCGAUCCGAAGAAGAAGGAGCAGUAUGACCAGUUCGGCGCUGCGGGUUUCAACCCCCAUGGUGGCCCAAGCCCCGGCGGCGAUCCCUUUGGAGGAGGCAAUCCUUUCGCCGGGUUCGGUGGGCAAGGAGGCUUCGGGGGCGGAUUCAACUUUGACGACCUCUUUUCUGCAUUUGGUGGGGGCCGCGCAGGCCCUUUGGAGGGUAGGGGCGCCCGGAACCCGUUCCAGCAGGAAAUCCUGGUUGGCGAUAAUAUCGAGGUACAAGCGAGCAUAUCCUUCAUGGAAGCUGCCCAAGGUGCCAGGAAGAAGGUCACCAUCUCGCCAUACGUUACUUGCGGCACCUGCUCGGGCAAUGGCUUGAAGACUGGCACCCAGCGCUCAUCUUGCAAGGUGUGCGGGGGCAGCGGCACUAGGGUCCACUUCACGCAGGGCGGUUUCCAGAUGGCGUUCGAGUGCAAGAGCUGCGCCGGCGAUGGCGUCGUGAGGCAGAGACAGACAAUCAAUGUGGAUAUUCCUGCCGGCGUGGAAGAUGGCAUGCGCUUGCGCAUUGAUGGUGCCGGUGAUGCACCGCCUACGGGCCAGGUUGCGGACGGCGGCUUCCGCCGAGCCGGCUCCGAUAUCCUCUACACGGCAUCUAUACCUCUUACCACGGCGAUUCUUGGUGGAGAAGCCGCCAUUCCCACCCUUACCGGCGAGGUCAAGGUCAAGGUUGCCACGGGUACCAACACGGGCGACAAGAUUACCUUGUCCGGCAUGGGCAUGAAGAAGUUGAACGCGCGUGGUGGAUUCGGCGACCUAAAGGUCGAAUAUCGCGUCAAUAUGCCCAAGUACUUGUCCGGAAACCAACGCGUAUUGGCCGAAAUGCUUGCCGACGAGAUGAAGGAUGGCACCGCAAAGAGGAUCAUGAAUGUCUCCGCAAAAAUUUCCGAUGACCCUGCGGCGCACAAGAACGAAGGAUGGAUGAAGUCUAUCUGGCAUACUUUGACGAAUCACCCCGCUCACCAGGGCAAGCCUGCGGAUUCCGAAAACAGCGAUGCUAGCGGAAAAGAGUCUUCCGGUGCCGCAAAGGAUACGACCAAGGACAAUGACGGUAACAAGAAGGAGUCCGGAUCAGGCUCUGCCUACUACGCAGCCACGUAUGAUUCUUUACCGUCCGACGAAAAUUGUGUAAACUCCGCGAUAUCACCUCACUUCCCUUUAUCCCCCCGCCCCCACCCCAUCUCGCCCUCGACCUGUCUCCUCGACUGGCCUGAUCCUCCGACCGCCACCAUCUCCUGCACCCGCCCGCCCGACCUCGAGGCGUAUGCGACCCCGGCCGCCACCCCUAACUCGCCUGCCUCUAGGGUCUUGAUCUCACCUCAGAUACCCGUCCGCGACUCCCUCCCCGCCCCACAGAUCGACCUCCUCCGGCCCCCUCAAGCAAAGAUGCCUCAGUCGGCCAUGAUAUCGGUGCCUCUCAAGGCUACCAACGAAAUAGAUUGGGUUGCGCCGCUGAAGAACUACAUUCAAAACACAUAUGGGGACGACCCCGAACGCUAUGCGGAAGAAUGCGUGACCCUGAAUCGCUUAAGACAGGAUAUGAGGGGCGCUGGAAAGGAUAGUACGACUGGCCGGGACAUGCUGUAUAGGUACUACGGCCAGCUCGAGCUUCUCGACUUGCGCUUCCCCAUCGACGAGAAGCACAUAAAAAUCUCCUUCACUUGGUUUGAUGCCUUCACCCACAAGGCAACUUCGCAAUACUCCUCGCCUUUGAAAAGGCCUCGAUCAUCUUUAACAUCUCGGCCGUCCUCUCUUGUCAUGCAGCGGCCCAGAACCGGCAUGAGGAAGCCGGACUGA